AUGUCAACAGAGGGAGUUCAACCCACUCCUCAAGAUAAUGGCAAUAGUGCAAAUCCAGUUCUGUCUGCACCUACUGGAAAUGGGACUGUCACAAACCCAACUCCGCAGGCAGCAACUACUAAUGAGCAGAAUGGCAAUGCUCGGAAUGGUAAUGUUGUCGAGGAAAUAUUCGACGUUGGUAAGCUUAAGAGUGCUGUUUGGAGCCAUAUGCUUAGAUUUGCAUAUGUAUCAGCACCUCAUACUGCUGAAAGGUUGGGGACAAUGUUGGUUAACUGUUUGCUCGACUGGAAUGUCGACAAUGAUGCUGCUUCUGGAGCAAGAGUAUUGGAAGGAUGUUUCUCCCCUACAAGUGAAGCCAAUCUGAUCCAGCUCCAACCUGAUGCUGAAACUACUGAAGGUAAUAAGCAAAAAACCUUGUUUCAGUUGUGUGAUUUCUUCCAGCCUUUGAUAUAUGUCAAUGAGAUUGAGAUAGUUUGUUUAAAUGUGUUUUGUUUGAGUUUUGUUGCCUUGGCUGCUGGGUGGAACCAAGGAAUGCAGAAUGCUGCAUUGUUGCUGCUGCUGGAAAGUGGAGUAUGGAGGCCUGAAGUGAAGUCUUUAUCAUGCUGUUGUGCUGCUGCCGCUAUCGAAGCUGUUCUUGAGUAG